AUGGAAGGCGCACUCCGGAACGUGACCCGGUUCGCGAUCCCGGCCUUCAUCGGGCUCAGCGUCGCGCAGUCGAGCAUCUACGACGUCAAGGGCGGGUCGCGGGCCGUCAUCUUCGACCGUCUGCAGGGUGUCAAGGAGACCGUCGUCAGCGAGGGCACGCACUUCCUCGUGCCCUGGCUGCAGCGCAGCAUCGUCUACGACGUCCGCACCAAGCCCCGCAACAUCGCCACCACCACCGGCUCCAAGGACCUGCAGAUGGUCAGCCUGACGCUGCGCGUGCUGCACCGGCCCGAGGUCCAGGCCCUGCCCAAGAUAUACCAGAACCUCGGCACCGACUACGACGAGCGCGUCCUCCCCUCCAUCGGCAACGAAGUCCUCAAGUCCAUAGUGGCGCAGUUCGACGCGGCCGAGCUGAUCACGCAGCGCGAGGCUGUCUCAAACCGGAUCCGCACGGACCUGAUGAAGCGCGCGGCCGAGUUCAACAUCGCGCUCGAGGACGUGUCCAUCACGCACAUGACCUUCGGCAAGGAGUUCACCAAGGCCGUCGAGCAGAAGCAGAUCGCCCAGCAGGACGCCGAGCGCGCCCGCUUCAUCGUGGAAAAGGCCGAGCAGGAGCGCCAGGCCAACGUCAUCCGCGCCGAGGGCGAGGCCGAGAGCGCCGACACCAUUUCCAGGGCCAUCGCCAAGAGCGGCGACGGCCUCAUCAUGAUCCGCAAGAUCGAGGCCAGUCGCGAAAUCGCCGCCACCCUGGCUACGAAUCCCAACGUCUCGUACCUGCCGGGCAGCAGCAAGCAGGGCGGUGGCGGUGGGAACUUUCUGCUCUCGGUAGGAAGGGCAUAA